CCCCAAAAACAGGAACAAUGAGGUUGACUGCUGGGUUAUGUCCGGCGCUCACUGAGGAAGUUUUGUCCAAAUUACAUAAAUCUGGUAUUAGAAAUAUCACGGACUUUUUGUUGAAAGAUGUAGAGGCAUUGGCAACGGAGUCUUCAGUGAGUUACAAGGACUUGCAAAGCAUCCGCCGUAUAAUUCAUGCUCAUUAUGCUGCCUUUGCGGUUUCUGGAGACUGCAUGCUGAGUGAAGUGGUACAGACUGCUGUAGUUAUAUCUACUGGUAACACAAAUCUGGACAGCCUGCUAGGAGGCGGCCUGAUGACAGGUGAGGUGAUGGAGGUGUGUGGAGGCUGGGGUACUGGCAAGACCUCCCUCUGUGUCAACUUGGCUGUUCAUGCUGCACUCAAGCUAAGAAUGAAUGUCCUUUAUAUUGACCCUUUGGCGAGCAUUAAUGCUCUGAGACUUGCCCCUGUGAUAGAGGCCUUGUCUGAAGACUUGCAGGUAGUGGAGCAAGCUCUUGCCCGUAUAGAGGCAGUGAUCCCGUCUGAUAUAUGGAGUGUAUUUCAAGCAUUGGAAUUACUUCGGCAGCCAUACUUUUCAGUAAGAAAAAAAGAUGUAGAGCAAUGGAAUGUUAGUGACAGCAGGCCAGUGAGCACAAUAAGAAAAACUAAGUUAGUCAUAGUGGAUUCUCUGCCAUCUAUUCUCAUGCCUCUCCUCGGAGGACGCCAGAAACAAGGUUGGGGUAUAAUAAAUGAAUUGGCUGCAGUUUUGAAAAGUCUUGCCUCAGAGCAGCAAGCAGCAGUGGUGGUGGUCAAUAAUGUUGUACAAGCAAACUUUAACAGCGUGAAGAAUAGAGGACACAAUUCAGAAUCUAACUGGAAACCAGCUCUUGGGAGGUUUUGGGCUCAUGUGCCCCACAUUCGUCUAUUUCUUGAAAAAGACUUCAGCUCUUCCACUCCACAGAACUCUGAAGAUGGACCUUUAACUCCCAUGGAUAUUAAUGUAUCUAUUUGGAAAAGUACAAGGCUUAAAAGUCAAACCACUAAAAUUUCUAUUUUUUCAGCACUUUAAUAAGACUCGUAAAUCUUAUUAGUGCAUAGAUGGCAAAUGAAGCUAGUCUCGAUCUGAAGAAUUAGAGUUUCCAUCCCUUUCCUUGGAUCAAACUUUAUUAUUUUCCCUAAUGAAUAAAAAAUAGACAAGGCUUCAAUAUCACCUUAAUUAUGUGGAAGCUUUAAACCCAUUUGGGUCAUAUAGCAUCUGGAGUAGGAGAGGUAAUCAGGCUCAGUUCAAGGAAGGUUCCUUGAAUACCUCCCACAGGUGCUGUAAAAUCCUACUCAUUUAGCAAUUCCCCCCCCCCCCUUGAAUAUAAUAAAAAAUCAAGGGCAACAAAUAAUUUCUAUCAUGAGCUCUUCAGUGGCAUUCAGGCAGCACCCUUGAAGAGUAUCCUCUUCAGUAGGAUUGAGGAAGAUUCAAUUCUAGUAUAAAAUGUUAAAAGGGUGACUCAAAAGUCUAGACACCUGGCUGAAAUUUCAUUUUUGUAAUUGAUUUUAACGAUUAUCUUCAAUGUCUUGUCCACCAUUAGCUAUGCUCAGUUCAGUGUACUUUAAAAGAUUCACAUGAACACAAUGCAAUAACUCUAGAGGGGGAGGGAAUAAUAAUUCCUACAUGUCCAGACUUUUGAGUCGCCCAAUAUUUCUUUCAACAUUAUAAUUUAGGUUAUUACUGUGAUAUUAACGAAUCUUUUUAUUUGGUUUUACCUUUAAUGUUAGAAAUGACAUCAUCAUUAUUAGAUGUCUUAUACAAUAAAUAUAUUUUUUACUUAGAAUUUUAAUACUAAAAUCUUGAAAAAAAAAAUUAUUUCACAUCUUACCCAAGUCCUCUGUUUCACUGUAAAUUUAAUGUCUGCAGAAUUCUCAGGACAUGAUGUACAGUGAGAAUUCAUUUGGUGAAUUUUUGUUCAUUUUCAAUGGUUGUAGUGCUGAUGAGUAAGACGUGCAAUACUUGGGUGUUUAUUGCCAAAGUUUCACCCGCACAACAGAUUUCUUCAAAUACAGGCAGAUAUAACACUAUUAUAUUCAAGGUAAUCAGUUCCUCGGCCUGGCCACUUGAAAAUUACUUCUAUUAUGUUCACCUAUAUUUGACUGAAGCAGCCUGUUGCAUAGGUAAAUCAUUUCAGCAAUAAGUAUACCCAAGUGUUCCACAUGUCUUACUUGUCAGUAUUAUACACCACCAAUAAUAUUUAAAGAUGACAGAGCUUAAAGAAAUAUACAAUAAUUAAAGUAGGUGAGAAAGACUUACUGUUUGAGUGCAUUCAUUGAAUUAUUAUAUAAU